CGUGUGUCUGUCGUUGCAGCGGGCAUGGGGAACCAGGUGGAGAAGCUGACCCAUCUGAGCUACAAGGAAGUUCCCACGGCCGACCCGACAGGUAUGGACAGGGAUGAAGGACCCAGGAUCGGGGUCUCCUACAUCUUUUCGAACGAUGAUGAUGAGCUGGAACAGCAGCAGGAUUCAUCACAUGACCUGGGGGGUGAGCACCCUGCCGUGCAGCCCUACGACCCCCAGCUGCACGAGGUGGAGUGCUCCGUCUAUUACCGGGAUGAGUGUAUUUACCAGAAGAGCUUUUCUGAGGACACGCCGCCGGAGGAGGGUGAUGAAGGAGGUGGGGGACAUCUGAGCACCUACACCCCGGAGAACUUACUGAAUCGGUGCAAACCGGGUGACCUGGUGGAGUUUGUGUGCCAGGCGCAGUAUCCGCACUGGGUGGUCUACGUUGGGGAUUUUCAAGUUGUGCACCUGCAUAGGCUGGAGGUGGUGAACAGCUUCCUCACUGAUGCCAGCCAGGGCAGACGGGGCCGCAUUGCCAACCGGCUGUACCGCUACAAGCCCCUCAGCCCGGCCGUGGUGGUGCGCAACGCCCUGGAGCAGGUGGGUUGCAAGGACCGGGACCUGAGCUGGAGAAACUCGGAGUGUUUCGCUGCCUGGUGCCGGUAUGGCAAGCGGGAGUUUAAAAUCGGCGGGGAGCUGCGCAUAGGCAAGCAACCCUACCGCCUGCAGAUCCGGCUGGGUGACAAGCGCAGCCACACGCUGGAGUUCCAGAGCCUGGAGGAUCUGAUUAUGGAGAAGAGAAGAAAUGACCAGAUUGGUAGGGCUGCUGUGAUCCAGGAGCUCUCCAGCCACCUGCAGGCUGCAGAGGAGGAGGAAGAGGAGGAGGAAGACCAUCAUCAUCCAGGUGCUCGGACUGCUGUGGAGUAG